AUGGACGCCGCAGCCCCCAAGGCGAUUCUGACAUCUGACAAUUUCCCCCAUGCACAAGAGAUCUCGCGGGCCACCUCGCCAGGUGGUGAGCCCGCCGCGGUCAAUGGCGAAGGCGAGCCAAAAGCUCGCGUCCGACCGCGCACCUACCCAUACUUCUCAUAUCUACCAUACCAGCUUGAAGAUGAGACAGAGCGCAAUCGAGCCUUUCGAGAGAUUCUGAGCCAUCUUUAUAUCUCAGUGGAGGCUGGGGACUUCAGCCCCGGAGCUGUGCAUUGGACACGCGAGCUCAGAGGAUGGCUAUCGCUCAAGUUUGAUCCGACCCGGAAUGAAAGGAUCAGUCUUGUGAAGCUGUAUUAUGAACUCGCCUUGGCUCCGGGCAUUGACCCCAAUGUAGCGGAGCGAUUUUCGAGCAUGUUCAUGCUUCUCACCAAGCGCAAGCACUAUUUGAGACCAGUCAAGGACCUAGUCUUGGACUGGAGACCUCUUUACAAGGAGCUGAAGGCUUUUGUCCUCCCCACCGAGUCCGGUCUCGUUCACUCGACCAACCUUAAGCGCAAUAUCAAGACAUUGACCAAGCUUUGCGCAUUUGCUCAGCUAUUCAUCGACCCUUGCGAGCUGCCAGCGAUGCUUGAGGAGUUCCUCCCUCAUUAUACCACCUCUUUCUCAGAAGGUGCUUUCGUGGUAGCUGGUUUGAUCAAUCUGAUGCUUCCUACAUCACCCCCUCCAGCUGAACGCAGCGAUCUAAUCCCUCAGAACUACUUACCGACACAUUUUCAUCUAUGGUCUCUUGUUGGUCGAUCAAAGACCUUCGACACGACAUACCUCGACUACCUCUCGCGGUUGGCAAGGGAUUCGCUUCCAGCCGGUCACAUCCCAUUCUCAGAGCAUGGUAUCUUCACAAAGGAACAAUCCGCUCUCAUCUUCACCGCAGUUCUGCGACUACUGGAGAUCCCCGUAGGACAAUCUACUUCGCCGUACAGCGCUCUGGUAGAUAUCUCGUCUGGCUUGGGUAUCAUGCUUGAUCGCGAUACACGCAAGCAUCCUGUCGCUCACCAUAUUGCCCGAUGGGUAGUUUUGUCUCUUUCACCUGCGUGCCUAGAGUCAGAGGACUCGAUUCUUAGCCAGCUUGAGGGUCUCAUUCAAGCAGUUGAGACAUUCUUCCACCCUUCAAACUCGGGCAGCUGGACGAGAACCCUGUCGCAACUAGUUUACUAUCUCACCGAUUUCUUCGUGAUGCGAUGGAAUCGUGAGCAGAGUGGGGAAAUGGAUAUUCCGCCAGAACGAAGACUCACUGAGCCUCUGAAGCGUCGCUUUGUGCUGUGUUUGAGGGAUGCAAUCUUCAUGGGUAUCUACGCCAAAAGUAGCACUGCCAUGACCUUCUCCCUUUCUACCCUUCAAGGUCUUGCGUACCUGGAGCCACACCUCAUACUUCCUGGUGCUUUGCAGAGAAUUUACCCAUCUUUGCAAGGCCUGGUGGAGGUUCAUCGAACCACAUCUUCCCUCCGCGCGAUGCAAGUAUUGUCUCGCGUCAUUACGCGGACCAAAGGCUAUCGCUGCCACAUGACGACCCUGCUAGGCCUUGCUUUGCCUGGCGUUGAUGCUAAUGAUCUUGAAAAGUCACUGCAUGCCCUUUCUUUCAUACAAACGGCAUGUUAUAACAUUCCGAUGGUUGACAUGACGAAGGGGAGAGAAGAUGUCAAUUGCAAUAUGCUCGCAGUGCAAUGGAUUACCGGAGAGAUGGAGAGAAUGGAGGAAGAAGGUUCCGAAGUGCAGUUGAAUUAUGACACUGAGCUAGACGAUCAGACUGAGGAAAUGAUUCUUCGCUCUUCGACGUGUGGCUUCGGCGACUUCACCAUUUCAUUCCUAGGACGGGUCUUCACCCUUCUAGAGAAUCUCCCAGAUGUUACAAGAGUGCGUAACGGGUCGCCGGAGGAGAAUAUUGUCAACACCCUUCCUGCCACUUUUAUGCCUCUCCUCGCCUCUCUAUCCCCAGAGUAUUAUGAUAUCGCACUGGGAAAGAUUGUCGAUUUCGUAUCCAAUCAUGUGAUUCAUCAGGCGCGAGAUGCCAUGGCCUUCAUUUGCAAUGCACUAUGCAAGGUCAAUCCUCAAAAGGCUCUCAAGCGUUUUAUUCCUGUCCUGAUUCAGGGGAUUCGUACCGAAAUUGAGGAGAACGGGGCUGGUUCGACCAGAACAACCGGCACCGAUGUUCUUCCUCGUGAUCGCGGGUUGGUUUGGAACGUCAGUAUGUUAAGUAUGUGCGUGGUCCAUGUCGGUGAAGCAGUUCUUGCCCAUCGGCAAGAGCUUUUCGAUAUUGCAGUCUAUAUGCAAAAGAUGUGCCGCGGUAUCCCGACCGUGCACAUCUCGAAUUACAUCCACCACCUCUUACUCAACCUGACCGGGACCUACACUCGAGAUUACAGCAUGUAUGAGCCGGCUGAUGUUGAGGAUGGCAUCCAGCCUAAGCACUGGAGUUACAGACUUGAUGUGAACAAACUUACCAUUCAGUGGCAUGUGCCCAAGCGAGAGGAGUUGGAAUUCGCUGUUGAUAUUUUUAAGAAUCAGGCUGAAACCGCUCUGCGGCAUCUGUCCGGCCUCACAAACGAGACCUCUAGCAUCAAACGUGACGGCAGUGGUAAGGAAUGGUCUGAUGAAGUCACUCGUAACCUUGUUCUUUUACGCCUGCUUCUUUCCGGAAUCUCGGUACUAUUCGAUCCCAAAGCCGCCUCAAAGUCCUCACCGGAGUUCUCCAAUGGCGCGUCUGUCAGCUCUAGUGAGUUCGAAAUGGUUGAUGACUCGGUCGCAAACGGUGCAAGCGAGGAAGAGGCCUUCCUUGACAGCUCCGAUGAGGCAUUGGUCAAGGAAGGUUUCUCAUAUCCGACUGGAUAUCCGCUUCAGGAGGGAGACGAUCUUUACGAUACAAUUCACGAGAUUCGCGAACGAUCUGGUUGGGUUCUGCACCUGGUACACCGAUUCCUGUGUGACAAGCAAGAAGACGAUGUGCCAUGUUUCGGGGCACUCUACUCGGCCUUCCGCUCCUGGUUCGUCGACGUGGGUAUUGAGAGAUCCGCGCAUGUACUUGACCGUGUAACACGACUUUUGGCAGCAGACAUUCAUCCUUACAAGAUGAGUGGUAUCAGGAAAGACUACCCCAGGGCACUUCUUGUGCGCAGAGCCAACGUUUACCAUCUGCAACGUUUGCGACACAACGCCGCCCCCCGAUCACGAUCCAAGCUUGAUGAACUUCUUCUUUUCGACAUUGCUGAGUCUUGCGUUUCUCUCUACACCGAGACGCGCCGUAAUGCCCAAAAUGCUGGCGAGUCGGCUCUUAAAUCCGUCUGGGGGGCACGCUCCCUGGUCAUCCCUCCUCUUCUCAAAGCUCUGCAGACCGGUGUCAAGGAGAACGACCACGCGCGUAUCAAGGGAGCCUUGUUUUCCCUGUUACUCAGUAGCGUUGCAAAGACAGCUGGACGAAACUGGAAGUAUACACCGGCUUUAAUCCGGACAUUCCUUGACGCUAGCGCGGUUGAUAAGCCAUCUGUCCAAAAGAUCUGUUCAAGCGCUGUGUUCCAGAUCAUGGAUUACGGCCGAUCUAUGGAGCGCAUGGCUAUCUUGGACCAGGAGAUUGUAGAGGCGAUUGCUCCCAGUGGAGAUGUGACCGCCGAGAUCGAGCAAAAGCGGGUUUCCAUUAACAAAAAGCGGGCAACCAUCGAGAAGAAGAAAGCUGAGCUAGCAGAAGAAUUGGUCAACCUGGCUCGAAUCUCCCAUUGGAAGAUUGCCAGCCGUGCGGCAACUAUUGUCAUCACCAUGGGUCUGCGGUUCGAUUACAUUGCCAGCGGCAAUCUGAUCGAGCUGGUAACUCUUGGAUCUAUUGAUGAUCACCCAGGUCUCCGUGGAAUGUACUCGCAGGCACUCAUUGCGCUUUUCACCAUGAUUGAUGUUCGCGCCAUUUGCAGCCAUGAGUACAAGAACUACAUCCUAGGUCACCAGCGCUUCCCUGCAAAGAUCAAAGUAGCAACUCGUCCUUAUGAAAAGGAUUGGACCAAGGAUUAUUUGGUUAGCUUUGCCAAGCCCGAGGCUGAGUACUAUGUUGAUCACGACUUCCCGGGUUGGCUUAUUUGGGGCAAGACCAUGCCUGCCUACAAGUCCAACUUGGAUCGAGACAUCGAGUAUGAUGAAGUUGAGUGGAACGUACGAACCCAAAUGGGUAAACUGUUCACACGUGAUUGGUUCUCCAAGUAUUUUAUGUACUUGAAACAGGAGCCCAGAGACCCUUCUGCCGACAAGUUCCGAAUGUCUUCUGCCAUGAUGCUUCUCUACGCUUUCGAGCUGAUGCUCCGAGACGGUCUUACAGCAGCAUCCUUCAAGGACAUUCAAGAGGAGAUCCAAGAUGUUUUUGAGGACGGUAGUGAUAAGCACCAGCACCGCGCUACUGCGGAGAUUCUUGGAGCCUUGAUUAGUUCUGUCACAGACACCAGCGUGGAAAGACGCACUUUAGUUUGGGAGUACGCUUUCCCCAUUGUGAGAAAGAUUUUCACCGAUGGUCUCACUCCUGAAAAUUCGGGAUAUUGGACUACAUUCCUCCACAUGAUUCUCCAAUGCCGUGAUCCCCGCCGAGCCUGGCCUAUGGUUGAUUGGUUAGCGAGCUUCCGCUUGGAUAUGACCACUAAUGCGGCGUUCAAGGAGAGCUCCAAGAUCAAUCUCCUGCAUCAAUGUAUCAUUGAUGCCGGUUGGCACUUCCAACUUGACAAGCCAAUUGUUGAGAAUUUCCUGGCACAUUUAGAUCACCCUUACAAGGGUGUGCGAGAGGCCAUGGGACAAACACUAGCUACAAUUUAUCGCACCCGAUACCACGAAUCAUACCCCGACCUCCAACAUCUGUUGGAGGCUCAAAAGUCCUCUUCCUCCGUUGGCAGCUACCCAUAUGCUCCUUCUGACGAAUUCUCAACAAUGGUUCGUGGAGUGUUCGAUCAGAUUGAACAGUGGCGGCAGGCCAGAACACCUGGUCAACAGACCCCUUCUUCAUACACCUCCGGCAGCAAGACGGUGCUUCUUUGGCUGGACUCCACUCUCUCAUCGCACGAGUGUACCCAACUGGUCCCCUUCUUCCCCGAUGUGUUUACUGCCCAGCUUUUGCACAUGAUGGACGUUAAGGAAGAUCCCGAGCUACAGUCUCUUGCAUACCACGUUUUCCGUCAUCUCCCGAACAUUCCCUACCCUGCCGAAAAGGGUUCUGAGUUCAUCCAAUCUCUUAUUCGCAUUGGCCAAACCUCCCCGUCAUGGCAUCAGCGUCUGCGUGUGAUGAUUAACAUCCAGAUCAUCUACUUCCGCCGACUCUUCCUGUUGGCUGCUGCUGAUCGUGACAUGCUAUUUGAGUGCAUCGCCGCUAUGCUUGAGGACACCCAGCACGAGGUUCGCGUAGGUGCGUCGGCCACUUUGUCUGGUAUGAUCCGCUGCUCCCCGGUGUUCCUACGCGACAAGAUGGUCCACCGCUUCCAGGAGCGAUUCACCAGAGUCCUUGCCGAAAACCCACUACCAAAGAAGCCCAAAACUUUACGAUCUGGACUCUCAUCCGUGGUAGCAUCGGGUGCUGGCACACCUACCCCCGAGCACAAUCGUCUAGUAAUUGUCCGACACGGCGCCGUUUUAGGCUUGGGUGCCCUUGUACAGGCAUUCCCUUACAACAGUCCGCCCCCCCCCUGGAUGCCCGACGCCCUGACCACGCUCAGCAUUCGUGCUGCCCAUGACCCAGGCGUUGUGGGUUCAAGCGUGAAGUCAAUUAUCAGCGAUUUUAAGAAGACUAGACAAGAUACCUGGCACAUCGAUGCCAAGGCUUUCACUGCCGAUCAGCUCGAAGAUCUAUCUGGUGUUCUUUGGAAGAGCUACUUUGCGUAA